CUCCUCUCUUCCUCACUCUGCUUCUUUCUACAUCCACCACACCCACCAUGAUCUGCUCCACACAACUGCUACUCCUCCUGCUCGCCGCAGCAGGCCUCUCCGCAUCCACAUCCCACCCGCCAUCCCACAUCUCCUUCCCGCUCACCCAGCACAAGUCUUCCCACAGAUUCGCUCCCCAUCCGGCAAUCCCGCACGCCUCCGCCCUCCACGACCUCGCUCUCGGCCACGGCCUCACCAGCGCCUCUGUCGACGUCGCCUACACCUCGGCCGUCUACACCAUCACCGUCGGCGUCGGCACCCCGCCGCAGCCGCAGACGCUGCUCAUCGACACCGGGUCCUCAGACAUGCUCGUCUUCUCCGCCGCCAGCAAGCAGUGCCGCUCGAGUUCGUUCGGCUGCGGCGGCGGAUAUAACCCUGUCGACAGCCGGACAAGCAAGAAUCUCGACAUGUCGUUCGUCUUUGGGUUUGCAAACCAGAGCGCGACCGCGCGGGGCACAUUCGUGCGCGACAACGUGCAUAUCGGCGACUUUGUCGUGCGCGACCAACCUUUUGCCAUGAUCGAGGACUCGGUCCUGGACUUUGACAUCGAGGGCGUGCUCGGGCUGGGGUAUAAGAGCAAGCAGCAGUCUGAUUUCAAGUACGAGACGCUGGCGAGCAAGAUCACUGCGCGCGAGCAGACCGCGUCGACGAUGCGCUUGCUGUCAAGGCCGCGGCCGGUGUUUUCGCUGUACCUUGGUUCGCGCGUCGAGGAUGUUGAGUCUGGGAUCGACAAGCAAACGCACGACUCGCAUCUUUCUGCCUACUUCCGCACCAGCUCGAGCAAGAGCAACAUUGGAAAAUCAUCGCUCGUUCCGCAGCCCUCGCUCGAUCUCGGCUUCAUCGACGAGACCAAGCACACGGGCGACAUGCUCGCCUUCAUUCCCUGCACCACGGCCGACGACUUUAUGAUCCGCGUGCACGACAUCAACUUCGUCGACAGCAACGACCGCUUCCACUCCCUCAUCGAACCCGUCUAUCCUGUCUCUACCGCGCCGGUGGACAACAGCGACGAGGCCGCGCCGAAGCUCGAUAUGCUGCUCGACUCCGGGACUAUCGGCAUCCUCAUCCACGACACCGUCGCCGACGCUAUCGCUGCCGCGAUCUCCGCCGACGCGACUUACGACGAGUCACUUCCCGGCUACCGUCUCCCCUGCAGCGCCAUGUCAUCCCCCCUACAAGGCCACCUCGAGUUCUCCUUCCUCGUCUACCAAGACAGCACGGACUCCUCUUCCCCCUCCCCCUCCUCCUCAUUCGAGACAUUCAAAACCAUCCGCGUCUCGCUCGCCGAGCUGCACCGCAAAUUCGUCUCAACAUCCGCCUCGAACGAUGGGCAGUGCGUGCUGGACGUGGUCCGCGAGAGCACGUACGGCGUCGGAAAUAUCCUCGGCACUGCGUUUAUGAGUAGUGUCUAUGCGGUGUUUGACGUCGAUCGGCAUCGCGUGGGGAUCGCGCAGGCGGCGUAUUAUAAUCUGCGAUAGUCUUUCUUUCUUUCCAUAUACACUCACACUCUUUGUUUAAUUUGACGUCGUUCUUGGUACAUAUUCAGCUUUUAAUCAGCCUUUUUCUCUUUUUUGAUGGCUACUCAUGGUCUUGCAUUGCCUUGUUUUCUUCUUUUUGGGUUCCGGGUCAUUUCUUCAUCUAUCAUCGUUCAUGAAUCUUUGUAUACAUAGAGUCAAUAACAUUCAUAGAAUCAUCAACAUCUACUCCACUCAACACACCAUCCUUCUCAUCUACGAAACAAGUAAUCUGUAAUGGUAAUAGACGA